UACAACAGAUUCAUCAAACACCGUCAGACAAGCUCGAGGCGUCUGAUGAAUCAUCGACCAUCCUCUGCGAUCAGAAUCGACACCAAACGAAACAGUCUGAUGAACAACAUUGCUCUGGGAAUACCUAUAGCACUAGUAUGUAGGACUUGAGCGGUUACUGAUUAUCAUUGUUGUGGCUAUUCAUAACGCAGCCCAUUUUAAAGUUAGCGGUUUUUGGAAGGUUCUGGUUAUCAUCCGCUCGUGGUCUCGAUUUUUCUCAACAGGCGUAGAGGAAUUUUACCAUGAGUCCUUCAGUAGCUGCAUCACUGAUGCGCGGAAUUCAGCUAGGCGCGAUUUUUGCUAUGGCGUUGUAUGGUGUAACGUGUAUGCAAGCAUUUAUAUAUUACAAGAACUACCCUCAAGAUAGGUGGGGCCUCAAAUUAACUGUUGCAAUUAUAUGGAUCUUGGAGACAAUUCAUGCGGCACUGGUCAUUGCCACCUUGGACCACUACCUUAUCGCAAAUUUCUCUGAAGUGGGAGUUAUGCUCGCUAUCGAUUGGACUAUAUUUAUGACCUUUAUAAUUGGCUUCUUCAUCGUCUUCCUUGUUAACUUGUAUUACACUUGGCGAAUCGGGAUGCUUUACAAGGGACGGUACAUCAUAAUUGUGCUAAUCGUAUUGGCCGUCGUUCGUCUAGGUCUUUCUUUAGUAUGCUGUGCAUAUACCAGAAUAUAUAAGGACUCGUGGUUGUCUUGGGGGCAAGAGACAAAAAUUAUAAUCUGCUUUUCCCUUGCACUGGCUAUUCUGACUGAUACCGUAAUCACUACCACUCUUGUGUUUUUGCUACGUAAAGCACGCCCAACUUCGCAUUUACAUCGGACAAAACGUGUAGUCGAUGGUUUGCUUCUUUAUGCCAUUAGUGUUGGCACAUUGACAAUUGUGGUUAGUUUCCUUGAGCUUGUAGUGUUCCUCUUAGCACCGGGUACCCUUUAUGUCCUGGGAAUACUCUUGAUUCAAAUGAAACUUUAUGCCAACUGCUUUUUAGCGAGCUUAAACAUUAGACACUACCAGGCCAGCCAUCUCGCACCCCAUCCUUUACAAAGCCAAUUCACUGGGAGUGAUGAACCUCACGGCUCUCCUGCAAGGACAAUUAAAAUUGCUGUCUUAUCAGGGGGACAGGUUAAUGAAGCAGGCAAGGUGUCCCGAAAUGUUGUUGAAUCUUCUAUGCUGCAUUAAUGAACAGUCAUAUGAAAAU